UUCCAUCAAGAUGAUCCUCGAAGAGGACGCCGAGAAGCACGAGGCCGGCGGCGGGACGGCGCCCUCUGGUGCGGCCGCGGCGUUCGCCAGGACGUCGUCCGAGGACUCGGCAGCGGCCAUGCGCACAGGAGACUCCGGCCUGGAGACCAUCCGGAUCCCGCUCAACACCAAGCUUGUACACCGCCAGGUGGUCGCGAAACAGCGGGCGGCCCCCAAGAAGAAGCGCAAGCAACAGGAGCGCAAGCAGGAGAAAAAAGCCGCCAAGACGCUGAGCGCCAUCCUGCUGGCCUUCAUCGUCACCUGGACGCCCUACAACGUGCUGGUGCUCAUCAAGACCGUCUCGUCGUGCGACGACUGCAUACCGACGGGCCUGUGGAACUUCGUCUACUACCUGUGCUACAUCAACAGCACGGUGAACCCGCUGUGCUACGCGCUGUGCAACGCGAACUUCCGCCGGACAUACAUGCGCAUCCUGUCGUGCAAGUGGCACAACAAGCAGCGGUCCAUGAACCGCGGCUACUUCACCUGAAGUGUUGCCCCGACUGCUAGCGCUCUCAGUCUCUCCCGAAGACCACGGUUUUGUCGCCUCGGAGAAUGCGACCUUCUUUCUCCUUCUCUGUCGCAAACCUUCAGCAGUACCGAAGCUCCAGCGGAGCCGAGUUCGUAAGGGUUUUCUGCAUUCGCGAUUCGGUUAUGCCUUUCGCGACCCCUGUGGAAGUUACGGACGACCCUUACUGUCUCAGAAGUGGUGCCGAUUGUUACGAUUUGUGUUUACUAUAGCAGAGAUAGAGUUGAAGAACUUUGAAUGAGUCGAACACACAUCCCGGGCCGAGAACGCAAGAAAGCUCGAGUGAUGAAUGUUUGCGCAAGUGGCUUCCGCGAUUUCGUGAGAGUGCACUUACGUGUGCGGUGUAACGCUAUGCACUUACUGGCACCUUCCUGUACAGCGCUCUGCUAGUUUAUAGGGCGGAAAGAGUGACUGCUGCGUGGGUCGAUGACGACGCAUAGGCGUCUUGAGAAUGGUCGCCAGCACUAGGUUGAUGAUUUGGUUGGGAACUGUCUGCAGUAAGUUCGAGUGCUCCCGGUAAAACAGGGCUAGCAGCCGGGUUGAAUAAAUGUCAAAUGGCCAGACGUACUCUAGAGUAAUGCCAUUAUUUCCAUUUUGAAAGUCUUACGCACCUCUUGACUGCGGUAUCUUUGUUGUGCCAAAAUAAUCCUACAGUCCUUUGAAAGGCUUUUAUACGAACGUUUUCUUCACUUUCGGAAAGAAAGGGUAGCUUACAGCUCUAGGUCUGAAAACUCACUGCUUUUUGUGCGUAGUAAGUCGGCAAGAUGUAAUGUAGACAUGCUCCUCGAAAUUUGCCUAGAAGCUUGCUAUAGGGCCAAUGUUUGGUGCAGAUGGCACUGGCAGUUUCCACGGCUCAUGUGUUUCGAGAAGGCAGUGAAAAUAGCGGCUUCAAUGUGAAAGCGCUGCUAAAUUCUUUGAGUUUUAAUGACGAAUUGUUAGUUGCGGAGAAUGAAGGACAAAUAAAUUCAUGA